CCUCCCAUAUAAGGCUGUCACCUUUAAUCAUACUCACCCUCUCAAGUAUAGCUCAAAAAGAUAUCAUAAACAUACACACACUCUCUCUCUCUCUCUCUCUCUCUCUUCCCCUUAAAUUAUACCCGAUUCUUCAUGUUUCAACUUGUUUAGCCAAGACAUGGAGACAAGAGAGAGCGUGAGACUAGCUAUCAGUCUCCUUACAUUUUGAACACAAAAAACACGUCUACAAAACCAGUCUCCUCCUUACUUGCACAAAAGAUGAAUAAUCCUUUUCUCUUACCCUUAAGCUCAGCCUUAGCCUUAGCCUUUUUCACCCUCUCUGUCUGUGUCCCGAACGACACAGACGUACUCACCCGUUUUCGCCUCCAGGCUGAUGCCCACGGCCAGCUCAACUCCAACUGGAGCGGCGGUGAUGCCUGCGCCGCUUCGUGGCGCGGUGUCCACUGCUCCUCAAACAGCAAACGCGUCGUCAUUCUCUCCCUCCCUUCCCUUAACCUCCGCGGCCCACUCCACUCUCUGGCUGCGCUCGACCAGCUCCGCCUUCUCGACCUCCAUAACAACCGCCUCAACGGCACCGUAUCACGCCUCACCAACUGCACCAACCUCAAGUUCAUCUACCUCUCCGGCAAUGACCUCUCUGGGGAAAUCCCACCAGAGAUAUCGUCUCUCCGGCGCCUCCUCCGCCUAGACCUGUCCGACAACAACCUCCGCGGCUUGGUUCCUAAAGAGCUGUGCCGGUUGAAGCGGCUAAUCACGCUUCGGUUACAGAACAAUGCGCUCUCUGGGACGGUUCCUGACCUCUCCGUCUCCCUGCUGAAUCUUAGGGAGCUGAACUUAACGAGCAAUGAGUUGUAUGGACGCUUGCCUGACGGUUUACUGAAGAAAUUCGGCAAGGAUAUAUUUUCAGGGAACGAAGGUCUGUGUGGGUCGAGCCCCUUUCCUGCUUGCUCGUUCACCGGAACUCCUCCGGCAUCCGCUUCUACUCAGACCGUAACGUCAAACCCGAGCUCGUUGCCACAAGCGCCUGCAACAAGUCAUGCCAAAGGAGGAUCGCGAAACGGACUAAGCACCGGUGUUAUAGUGGCCAUUGUAAUAGCAAACUGCGUGGCGUUGUUGGUGGUGGUGUCGUUCGUCCUCGCGUAUUACUGUGCGAGAAACCGGAGUUUGUCUGGUUCUAUAGCGGAGAACGAUAGCGGGAAGAGGAGGAGGAGGAGUGGUAGUAGCUAUGGUGGGAGCGAGAAGAAGGUGUAUGCCAGCAAUGAAGGUGAAGAUAGCUGCAGCGAUGCGACAAACGCCACGGACCGAAGCAAGCUUGUGUUUUACGAUAGGAGGAAGCAGUUUGUGCUUGAGGAUUUGCUCCGGGCAUCGGCGGAGAUGCUCGGGAAAGGGAGCCUGGGGACAGUGUAUAGGGCGGUGCUCGAUGACGGGUGCAUCAUGGCCGUGAAGCGACUUAAGGACGCGAACCCGUGUGAGAGGAAGGAGUUUGAGCAGUAUAUGGAUGUGAUCGGGAAGCUUAAGCAUCCAAAUAUCGUGAAAUUUAGAGCUUAUUACUAUGCCAAGGAGGAGAAGCUUCUUGUCUAUGAUUAUCUUUCCAAUGGGAGCUUACAUUCACUUCUUCACGGGAAUCGGGGUCCGGGGAGAAUCCCUUUGGAUUGGACUACAAGGAUCAGCUUGGUUCUAGGAGCGGCUCGAGGACUAGCAAAGAUUCAUGAAGACUACAGCGUAUCCAAAAUACCUCAUGGGAAUGUGAAAUCUUCGAAUGUGCUCCUCGACAAGAACGGCGUUGCAUGCAUUUCCGAUUUCGGGCUCUCGCUGCUUAUAAAUCCGGUUCAUGCCAUUGCAAGAUUAGGAGGCUACAGGGCUCCUGAACAGGCAGAAAUCAAGAGGCUGUCUCAAAAGGCAGAUGUGUACAGCUUUGGGGUAUUGUUGUUGGAGGUUCUUACAGGGAGAGCUCCGUCCCAGUACCCUUCACCAAGUCGGCCACGCGCGGACGAAGAUCAGGAACAGGCUGUGGACCUUCCAAAAUGGGUUCGAUCGGUCGUGAAGGAAGAAUGGACUGCUGAAGUGUUUGACCAAGAACUGUUAAGGUAUAAGAACAUUGAGGAAGAACUGUUGUCAAUGCUCCAUGUGGGGUUGGCCUGUGUAGUGCCACAGCCCGAAAAGAGGCCAACAAUGGCGGAAGUGGCGAAGAUGAUAGAGGUCAUCAGGGUGGAGCAGUCUCCUCUCGGGGAGGAUUAUGACGAAUCCCGCAAUUCACUUUCACCUUCGCUUGCCACCACUGAAGAUGGACUCGCUUGAUGCCCAUCUCUUUCUUUCAAGUGCUUCAGUAACUAUGCGCCAAUAUUAAAUUGAUGAGCUCCCAUUGCAUGGUUAUUUCUAUCCUCAUUCAUGUCCUCUAUUUUCAUUCGCAGUUUCUCGCUGCAAAUUCUGGCUGUUGCAGACUCUUAUCAGAGUUCUUUGUAAUAUUUGUAAGCUUUAUGUGCUCUUCUCCACGAGCCAACCAGUUAGUCCUGUUUAGUCUUCUGAUGUUGUGCAAUUUAGUAAUUUUAUUCCUUAGUUAUUCUAAAAA